CCAGCUUGGACCUUUGCCUUCAUAGAUGAAAUCUACAUUCUCACUGGCUUGGUCGCGGUAUUCUUCCUGAAGACGACCACCUAUUCCUCCCUCUGGGCGUGGGUCAAAGCUGUUCACCAGCCCAAGAAACGAGGCACCUCACUAUCAAUCAUGGCCGACCAUGCACCAGGAAUGGGGCCAGCUACGAAAGAGCCCAGCUGCAUUAAUUGUGGCGGGGUUGGACAUUGGGCCGUUGCUUGUCCGGAGCCUGUCAGAGCGAAGCCCGCCGGCAAUCCGAUCGUUACUCGAUACGCUCCGCCCCCGGGCCAACCCCAUGCUCCUCCGUACCCCGGCCCCCUGCCUUCCUAUCCGUCAUACCCUCCACCUCCCAAUGGCUACCCUCCCCCGCCGGCAGGGAGCUACCCCGGCUAUUCCCAGUUUUCUCCGCCGCCGCCGCCUCCCCCCGGCGCCUACCCACCACCUCCCGCUCCUCCCGCACCGUACCAUUAUCCAGCAGCUGGCCAGUAUGGCGGGCCUCCACUUCCCGGUCCCUCUAGUCUACCACCUCCUCCAUAUCAACCACCACAAUACGCUGCCGGUGCUCCUUACCCUCCACCGUCUUACCAGUCAGCACCUGGAUAUCAGCCCGGUCCUCCACCCUCGAGCGUUCAGUAUCCGCCUUCCUAUAACUCAACACCUCCGGGAGGCUACCCUCAGCCGCCUUACGGAUCUCAACAGCCUCCGCCACCGAAUUCUUACCCUCCCUCAUACGGUCCACCUGCUCCGGGAUAUGGCCAUCCGCCUCCCUUGCCUGGCCCUCCACGUGCUACACCUCCAGGGCUCCCACCAAUACCUCCUCCCAGGAGCCAACCGCCGCGGGAUCGGAAUGGACGACACCGCCAGGGGCAUAAUAACCGAGAUCGUUCUCGCAGGAACAAAAACGGCAACCAGCCGAAACGGGAUGCUUCGCAGUCCAGACCCAAGUCCGGCAAUAAAGACCGACCUGAGGCACAACAGCCCGAAGCUCAAGCAAAAGCUACUGAGGCGCCAUCAGUCGCAAGUGGUACGCCUGAAAGCAGAAACGUCAACAUAGCUUCAGAGCAGGAAGCUGAUGAAGAAUUUGAUUGGAAAUGGGAGGAGGAGAUGGUCUUCAAAGAGCUAGGCGAAACUCAUCAACCAGACCCGAUUGCCAUGCCGCUACCCGGACCUGAGAAUUACCAUGAUAACGUCAUGCUGCCUCCGGCGUGGAAUGCCACUUGGAUCCAGUCUCGAUUUGCAAAGGAAGGUAAUCUCGAAGAUUUCUCGCGGCCGAUACGAGAGACGGAAUUCUUCAUCACGAUGCAAUACGACCCAGCGUUCUGGAAGUGUCCCGAGGGGCGUGCGCACAAGCAGCUCCCUGAGCCACGAGAGAAGACCAGCACUUUCAAGUCCAGUCGCCUUCCAGGGUUCCCAUCUCUCCCGCCGAAACCUCCUACCCCAGAAAAUCGUGAUUACCGACUGAUCAAUAACCGAAAGCGAACAUUGGACGAUUCAGCAUACAAGAACCCACGAGCCAGGGGUGGCCAAGAAGUUGGUGAAUGGGCGGAUCAUCGUCAUAAGAGGCACAAGGUUGAGUCGCUUUCCGGCUACAACGCCAAUUCACCACAUAAUCGAAGAUCCAGGGACGACUUGAGGCCGGUUGAUCGCAAUCGUCACCAAAGACCAGAACACACCGAUUCUGAUCCUGCCCAGGCGCUCCUCGUGUCCUUGGAUGAGUCUCAAGACACCGGUUCAUCCAGGCGAUUUGAUGAAGAGAGAGUCGCAGGUCUACAAGACUCUGGAUAUUAUAGCUCCCGACAUGUUCGCAGGCAGACCUCGACCAACAGCUUCCAGGAAAGGGGAGCAUCACCGCCCCUAACGCUUCGCGGAACAUCACGCCCAGAAAGCCGGCCGCAGAGCCGGCAGGCAUCUCAAUCUCGAUCUCGUUCGCGUCACUCCCGCCGCCGUGGAUCUCACAGCAGCCCUGCCGAAUCACGCCCAGUAUCUAGGCAAUCUGCGGCGUCUUUCGGUACUGAAGCAUCAGAACUAUCAGCACUAGAAGCUGAACUACUCGGCAUUGCUCCCAAGUCGAAAGGAGACCGUGAUGGCAAACACGAUGGCAUGAAGAUGCGGAAGCGCGUUACCAAGGUCGAUUCAGCUUACAGGUAA